UCGGGUAAGCGCACGAUUCGCCUCUGCCACUCCACCUCGCCUCGAGACGAGCCGACCCGCCAGUCGCUCGCGACUCUGUCUCUGGCUCGGUUGCACGCUCCCGUCUGACAGCCGUCAUCGUCGACCUCCCUUCUUUCACGACCGCCCACGAGUCCAUCGUAGGGAGAGAGAUCGGUUCCGGCGAGAGAUCGGAGGCGGUCUCGCGUCCCGCGUAAAAUCGUCCUCCGUCACGUCGUUCUCGUUCUCGUCAUCGUCAUCGUCGUCGUCGCGAGAGGAUCAACCCCGCGCGAUCCCGCUGUCGACGCCCCGGAACCGUCCAAAACCGAAGUGGAGAAUUCACCGUUGCUUAUCGAGCGCGCACGUGUUCUCCUCUCCUCCGUUCGUUCCGCCGUUCUCUUGCUACUAUCAGUCUUGUCUCCCUCGGGAAACCGACCGCGGGCUUCGAUCCUAUCGGAAAUACUGAGUGUGCUCCUCGCGUUCUUCAUUCCUGUCGAAGAAUCGUCCCGCUCUCAUCCCUUUGACGUCGAUCGAUUUUCGCGAUCAUCCCUCGCGAUCGUACUGACAUCACGAUUCCGGAGUGCUGGUGCGGGUUCCCACGCGAGUGGUGGUCCACGUUUGAGCUGACGAAACAGUGAAUCUGCCGGUUUCCGGUCAUACGCGCGGUGAUUGUGGAUCGCUGUGGCUAUAUUUUGGUGAACGCCGUCGUACGGUGCGCUCUUGAUGAAUGUGGUGCGCUAGGAAAGUUUAGACCCUUCGACAACCAACCCGGCAAUCCCCAGCUGGAUUCCUCUCGAUCAUGCGUCGGGCACAGGGUCCCAUCCGCAGGACCGCGGCGAUCGUUCUCCUGUUCCUCGGCGGAUCCGCCGUUCUGCUGCGCGAAGCCAAAGGAAGCGGCGAGCCGUGGUUGAGGAGCGAGAAGCACGCCGAGUUGAGUACGGAGGUUCUACUGCCGUGCGUCUUGAAGUCACCGCAAUGCGAGGGCCUACACAGCAUCAAAUGGUACCGCGGACCCACGCGAAUUUUCAUAUUCAGCGAGGAUGCCGGUAUAAUACGCGGCAACAACGAUAUCGCUGCCAGAGCCGACAUAGACUAUUCUACGAAUUCAUCGAAAACCUAUCUGAAGAUACCGAAAGUUAAGUUGGAGGACGAGGGCCUCUACAAGUGCGAAGCUACAUACAUGGCGGUCAACCGCGAGUGCAACAAUGUGCAGCAUAUUAUCCUUAACGUAACGGUGCAACCGGCAUUCGUACGUGUCAUCGAUGAAAAUUCGAAGAAUACUCUGAGCACUGGUGCCACUUUGGGGCCUAUAAACGAGGGUUCGCCAAUAUCGUUGUAUUGCGAGAGUGGCGAAGGCAAACCUGUACCCACGGUCCAGUGGUUUAAAGGUGACCAGCUACUUGAAGCGACAAGCUCGUCCACCAUUGCUGAUACCGGAAUAGGCACUGGCAGUAGUUUACUGGAGAUGCAAAUUACUCGGGAAGAGUUAGGCGCAACGUUCACGUGUAAAGUCAACAGUAUCGCUCUCGUGGAGCCACUCACGGUUGAUAUCAAACCAGAUGUACAUGUGCGCCCGCUGAAGAUGGGCUUAGCCGGAGUGGUUGGUCAUGUCGUGCAGGGAACCAAGAUCUUAUUGCAGUGCAAGGUAGAGGCAGCGCGACCCGCCGCCAACGUGACCUGGCAGAACGGAACGCAGUUCUUAAACGAGAGCAGCGAGCGAGUCGAGAUGUUUGAGACGAAAGUACACGAAAACGAGGACGGUACAUCGGAGACGAAAAGUUACCUCGCUUUUACAGCAUCGGUGUAUGACAACGGCAAAACGUUCAAGUGCUUCGCUGAGAAUUCGGUUACUCGCACCGAAGACUUGAAGCCAAUGAAGGAAGUGACAACGAUCGAUGUGUUAUAUCCGCCGAUGAUUAAAAUAAAACCAAUCAACAUAACGGUUAACGAGACAGAUGAUUUUCUGAUAUUCUGCGAUUACGAGGCAAAUCCAGCUACGUUAAUAAAAGUGACAUGGUUACGAGACGACGAAGAAUUAGUAUUAAACGACGACCAUUACGACGGCGGAGUCACAGAACAAACAGCGCUCACGGUGAAAAACGCGACUCCCAGCGACAUGGGUUCUUACAAAUGCAUCCUGGAGAACGACGUCGCCUCGUCGGUUUCCGAGGACACCGUGGAAGUUUCGGUCUUUUACAAACCGGUGGUGGAGGUGAUAAUAGACCCGGAGACACCUGUGAACGAAGCGGAUCGCCUGAACGUAUCGUUAACGUGCGAGGUCGAUGCCGGUAAUCCGGCGAUGCUGACGGCCGUCCGUUGGUAUUUGGACGGUGAUCUAUUGAAAGAACUUCCGGACUGCACGAGGAACAGCACUGCCAUGACAACGACCACCGAGGAGUCGUUGACGUUCUGCGACAUCGACCCCAGCAAACUGCUGCUGGAGGCUGUCGGUCGCUCCUUCCACGGCAACUAUUCCUGUGAGGGGAGAAACGAGGCUGGUUGGGGACCGAUCUCACCUAGCACGCCUGUCAUAGUUUAUUAUAAGCCCGGUCCGGCGUCGAUAUCGUACGAACCCCGGAAAGUGGUGAAGAAGCAUCUAUUAUCCAUCACUUGCUUCGUUUUGGAUCCCGGACGACCGAAGGUGUCGGGCUUCAAGUGGCUGCGCGGCUGGCAUCGACUUCCAGACGAGAACGACGCCACGCUCGUCAUCGAGUCGGUUAAUUUGGAAACCGAGGCAAAUUUCACAUGCCUGGCUUAUAACGAGGCCGGCGACGGCGAACCAGCCACAACGUUUAUCGACGUAUCCGCGGCGCCAACGUUCAUUAAGAAGUUACCCCCGUAUUACGGUUACCUGUACAACGCGCCUAACGUGAGCAUCAUGUGCUGGGUCGAAUGCGCCCCGAUCUGCAAUAUUUCCUGGCUGAGGGAUGACAUUCCCAUGGACUUCUCGAAAACGAAUCGAUACUACGUGUCGAACGUUUAUCAUCCGCCUGACCCAAGGACCAGCGACUUCGAGAGCAUCCAAUCGACCCUUGUAUGGAAUCUGACGGUCUGGCCGAACGGUGAGCUCGACCGUGCCGAGGAUAACAGCAAAUUCACCUGCAAGAGCAGCAGCAACGGGAUUGGCCCAGGCGUGGAGAGUAGUACUUACUUUCACGUCGAGUUCCCUCCGGAAGAAAUUAUAAUAUCGAAGAAAAUAAUCAACGUGACGGUGGACACGAUACCGGAAACCGUCAAGUGCGACGCGAAGGCGCGACCGAAACCGAUCUUCCGGUGGUUCCGCGAGGGAUCCGCCGACACCAUUAUGGAGGGCCACGUGCUCGACUUGAAAAUGCCGGUACCCCGGCGUAGCAAUGGUUCUUACUACUGCGAGGCGUCGAAUCGUCACGGUUCCCUGAAUAUCUCGAUGGUCAUGAAUGUGCAAUUUAAACCCGAAUGCUACAUAGAGAAAGAGCGAUUCGAGGGACAGGACUACGUGGUUUGCUCAGCCAUUGCCAAUCCGAAAGAGUCGGAUUUCGUCUGGUCAUUGAAAAGUGACAAUGAUACAUUGGAACAAGUCCCAGAAAUGCGGAACGGGAGAAGUUACAUGCUUCUCGAUACUUCGGUUACUAAUUUCCGGACGUACAUAUGCGUGGCGAACAAUACAAUUGGCCAUUCUGCACCAUGUGAACGUGAUAUACCAGCCUACCAUGGACAUAAAAGUCAUAUACCCUGGUGGCAUCAAUUGGAGGGUAAUCUGCUGCUGAUCAUUAUCGUCGUAGCUGUGGUCAUCAUACUGGUCCUAAUACUGAUCUGCGUGGCCAUCUACAUCGUGUGCCGGCGGAAGCACAGCGAAAUGAAAUACAGUAAUCGGGUGGUCGAGCUGGAGGAACGCGAGCAUCCAGACGGUGGACCGCCCAGUCCGACGGUAUCCUCGCACUCGGUGCAAAGCCCGGCGCAUCCGACACCGGCGCCGAGAUGGCCCUUGAAGCCGGGCGUGCUGGUGCACAUCAAUCGGACUCACAGCCUGCGAGCCGGCUUGAGCGUUCGCGCAAACGAGGCCGGCCUGCGUAACGAGCUGAUGGCCAAACACGACGAGCCACUGGGCCAGAGAUUUCUCGACGAGACGCCGUUGUCGUCGAUGGGUCGUAAUCCAGCGCGUGUAUUCCGCCGCGGCCGAAAAGACCAGACCACGCAGAUGACCACCAGCAUGACCAGCCUGCACGAGGACGGUAUGCUCGCCCGGGCCAACAAAAUAAAAGCCAUGUUUGGCGUACAGCUGAAAGAGCAAGCUACACUGCCUGGUAUAUCCAGAGAAAAGACAGCUGUGACUUACAAGAGAAUCGUGCCGCGGCAGCAGAUACUGCACACCGUGGAACCAUCUCGCGAGCCAAAUCGCGUCAACGUGUCUCGUAAGCGAAAGAAACCCGGUGCAGAUCCCAAUCAAGCUGCGAAUAACAAUCACGUGAACAGCGUGUCGGAAGGUCUUGCCGACUCCGGAACAAAGACGUUCUACGAAAAUUUACCCUUCCACGGGAUCCAAGCGCCGCCUAAUAAGUUGGUUACUCCUAAGUUUGCCCGAGUUUCGGCUUUGCAUGGCACGUUGCAUCAGUCCGUCACGGCCUCACCGUGCUCCUCGCGGCCACCAAGCAGAGCUGUUAGCCUCUGCGACGGCAGUUCCGGCUACGAGUCGACCAUGAGCCACCUAGGGCCCCACUACAACAUCUACAACGUGCCCAGGAGCAAUUCGCCGGUGCUCAAGUACAACACUCUGAAACCGCGGCGGCGCAAGCAGAAGCACUCGCAGCAGUUCUACUCACUGCGGCUGUGCCGUCGCCACGAGAACAUUCGCAGGAAAUACGAGCUGUACGCUAUACCGAUCUAUAAGACGUGCCCGCACCGGAGCGACAGCACGACCACGAUCGCGACGAUCAUGCGCUCGAUGGAGGACGCGCCGUCGCUGACUCUGAGCCAGGCAUCAGCGUCGAUGAGCCUGAUGACACGAUCGGCGCCAUCGACGCCGAUACCACCGUCACCGACGACGCCGCCGAUACCAGCGCCGAGGACGUCCAGAAAAACCGACCCGUCCAAACACACCUACCAAAAUGUUCCUCCCCCCGUUUUUCCACCGAAAAACGCUUCGUUGCCUAAGCUUAAGACCGACAGCCUAUACAACUACAAAGAGCAUUACCAGCAGCAGCAUCGGCAGGAGAUGCAGCAGUACAGCUACCCCUUACCGAGCAACAGUUCGAACCAACUAACACUGCCACUAACGCGCAGCCUCUACCAUUCCUCGAUAGUUAGUCCCCUGCAGACCUCCUUCGUCCACACUAACAGCAGCCGGCCGUCCACCCUGAUGCACCACGAGACCGCCGACGACACGAGCAAUCAUCUGCCCGCGGUGCAUCGGGACGAGGAGCAACAGCAGCCGAAUUACGGCAAUCACGACGCGAGACAGUCGUCGCGUCGACACGUGACGAAUCGGCGGAACGAUCGUAACCGGAAGUACCGGAAGCACGAACGCACGUCGACCGAUCGAAGCAAGUCGAAGCAGAGCCGACAGAGGGGUGACGUCGCACCACCCCGGCGCAGCGACUCCUUCGUCGGCUCGCCCGCCUGCGAGACCAGCUUCCACCAGAUCCCGGAUCUGGGCGUGCCGGAGACGAUGUACAAGAUUUCGUAUCCGCACUACUAUGAGGACGACAUCGCGGAGUGCUCGACAGACUAUCAUCGUCCUAACUCGGCGAUGGCGCGACAGCAGCUGCAGCAGCAGCAACAGCCAUGGGAGCGCCAAUCGAAUCGCUGCAUCGGUAACAGCACACAGCAAUUCGUGGACGCGGGCGAUGCGAAAAAUCGCAACAAAACGCCGAAGGCGAGAACGAUCUCCACGGGCCUCGGCGAUUCCCGCACGCCGUCCGCGCCCACGAUAAUGCAGUAUGCCGAGCUACACUUCCGGGAUGUCGGUCAGGAGAUCGAUGUCUAAAGGAGGGUCAGCCGACAAAGAGCGAUACGUACAUUUACUAGGAAUUCUGCGUCCGACAGGCCCUGUAGGUACAUUGUACGGAGUAUGUCACGUUACUUAUACACAUAAAUUGAGAUACUACAUAUAAAGAACAAUCAUUUAGUAAGAGAGGCAAAACUCAAACUUGCUUUAUUCGUAGAGCUACAACUUCCAAAAAGCUUUAAUUUCAUCUUUAUAAAUAAAUUAUGCAUAUGUUGCCUACAUGUUACUUUCUUGCAAAUUCUUCUCAAUCAUUAUUUCGUUGCUUAUACAGUUUAUGUGCAUUAAAUUAUUUCUGUCUCGUUAAAGAUGUGUACACGAUGUGUUUAAUUAAUAUCGUUAUAUUGUUACUGCUUGUAGAGAAAAUAUUGCUUGAUAGAAAAUCGUUUAAAGAAUAUUAAUCUAAAAAAACAAAGUAUCGAAAUUACGGCCUAUUAUGGUCUCGCAUUACGACACAAUAUUAAUCGCAAAAAGAGAACCGUCUUCAUUAUGAAUUAAAUAUGGAUUACAUCAUUGUGCGUGUGAAUCCUUGUCAAUUGUCGGUCUAUACCACAUUCUACUCUCUAAUCGUCGCUCUUGUUACGUACAACAAUAAGGGCUUCAAACCAGUCGGACGACGUCGAGUAUAAUAGUUGGAACAAUUCUCUCAAUUUCGAACCAUGCAUACCGGUUUGAUAUUUGCGGAAUGUUCAGCAUACAGCAUGAUAACACUCGUCGCGUCUAAACUUAAUCUUAACAAUUGACGAGCUGAGAAUUGUAAGCGGAUUAUCGGCCAGUGGGUUUAAUGGUCGAUAGCUCGCUUGUAAUUCCAGCAACUCGUCAAUGAAAUCUCUGCCUAACUCACGUACUCGCCCUAGACGCCUGGUUGUCGUCUAAUUGACAGACAUCGAUCAUGAACGAGAAAGCUUAACACCCCAAAUGGCACACGAAAUCAUUUGUCGAUCGCUUGCGCAGCAGGUCUGUUAUGAAACUUUGCGAACAAUCCGUCGACAGCCCGCGAACAGUAGAGCUAUGGUGUGCGUAAUCUUUCGCGCAGUCCCUCUUCAAAAACCCAAACAAUACGAAAGUUUAAGUAGACGUCUUAGCUCCUUACUGUCAAAACUUGUCAAAAGAGUUUUCUGUAGAAUUAUUUGAAAAAAUAAGAGAGAAAUAUACUUUAUGCAUUCAAAUCGCAACAUAUGAUUGAACAUGACAAUAGAUACAAUUUAAUGCAGUUGUAAACUCUAUUAUAUUCUAGUUGUAUAUCUAGUUAUUAAAAUAAAAAAA